GUCAUCGUAGCGCGACGAACGUUGGCUCAAGCAAGCUUAAUUUCUAUCAAAUUCGAAGGCUACUUCAAAUGCUUCUUCUGUUCUGAAAUGAGAUCGCUUAUUAUGCCUCUGAUCAUGUACGUCAUGACGUCGAGCGGUGCGUGUGGGACGUCGAGUCGUAGGGAGCAUCCGCAUUGUUGUUGGUUGCAGGCGCAGAAUCACAUCAGGCUGAAAACGACACUGGGUUUGAAUAGCAAUCAAACCGUGCGUUUUUCUGGUGUUUAUUGGUCAAAUCCUGGCGAUUGCUGCUGAUAAGCGUUUGCAGCAUUCCAGAUUUAUUCAUGCAGAACUAAAUCAUUGGCCCUCAGAUGAGAACAUUGUGUGCGGCGGAAUUACGGCAGGCCAUCUCGCUUUCGCUGUAGAAAGCUGCUCUUUUUUUUACACAGCUGAUCAGAGCUUUGUAAGGAACUCCAAUGAAAAGAAAGUCACAGCCUCUCAACAUAUCCACCUCCCACCGUGAGCCACUGACUUAUGCCCAGGCCCAAAGGAUGGUGGAUCUAGAAGUUGACGGUCAGCUCCACCGUAUCAGCAUCUUUGAAAAGCUUGAGAUUAUCACGGAUGAGGAUCCUUUGGCACAGGAAAUUAUAAGCUGCACUAGCAGUAAGGAGACUGCUGAAAAACACCUGCAGAUUUCAGAUUGCUCUGCACAUAUCAAAAUCAACAAUCAGAAAAAGAACACAUCUGUCAGUAGUAUUCAAGGCAGCAUCCUUCCUGAGCCCAAAUUCCGCACUGUGGAUUACAAUCUUCCAGUAAUUCCAAGCAGACCUUUGGCAUACUACAAAUACAAGCAGAAAACUUUAGAAGAGCUGGAUCAGGAGGUGGAAUAUGAUAUGGACGAAGAGGACUUUGCUUGGCUUGACCUGGUCAAUGAGAAAAGGAAGGAAGAAGGUCUCAACCUGGCUUCCUCCGAUGCCUUUGAGUUUCUUCUUGAUCGUUUUGAAAAAGAGUCAUUCUUAGAGAGUCAGGGCCAACAGACCCUACAGUCCAUAGAUGAUGAAGAUGCUGUUUGCUGCAUAUGCAUGGAUGGAGACUGCAUGGACAGCAAUGCCAUCCUCUUCUGUGACAUGUGCAACCUAGCUGUUCAUCAGGAUUGUUACGGUGUUCCAUAUAUUCCAGAGGGACAGUGGCUUUGCAGACAUUGUCUACAUUCACCUACGCAACCUGCCAAUUGCAUCCUCUGCCCUAACAAGGGAGGGGCAGUAAAAAAAACUGAAGAUGACAGAUGGGGUCAUGUGGUUUGUGCUUUAUGGGUACCCGAGGUUGGGUUCUCCAACACGGUUUUUAUUGAGCCUAUUGAUGGUGUCUCAAACAUUCCCCCUGCUCGAUGGAAACUUACUUGCUACCUCUGUAAAGAAAAAGGAGUUGGAGCUUGUAUCCAAUGCCACAAAGCUAACUGCUACACUGCAUUCCAUGUCAGCUGUGCACAGAAGUCUGGUCUUUUUAUGAAGAUGGAGCCUAUUAAGGUGUUGACUGACUCAGGUAUACCCACAUUCUCAGUGAAGAAGACAGCGUAUUGUGGGGCCCACACUCCAAACGGCUCAGUUAAAAGACCUCUUGCAAUAUAUAAAGACAGUAAGACAAAUUAUGGGCUUUGCCAGUUGGUAGAUAGAAAGAGCAGCAGGCUGGGAUUUAACAAGCAGAAGAGACUUAAAAAAAAUGAAGAGGCAAUUGUAACCAUGGUUCCUCCGUUGUCUGUACCCAGCUUUUCAUCGGAAAGAUUGUCCCCCAUUCUCAAUCAAGUUUCUUUGCAAAAGAAGAACGCAUUUGGUGAACUUGUCUUGAGUUAUUGGACGCUUAAACGACGCUCUAGAAAUGGAGUGCCACUGAAUAGACGCCUCCAAACAAGACUACAUACCCAAAAAAACAGUCAGCGCAAACAGACAGAGGAGGAGACUCAAGCACUGAAAGAACAGUUGAAGGAGUGGCAUCAGUUAAGGCAUGAUCUUGAGCGUGCACGAAUGCUGCUGGAGCUGAUCAGGAAAAGAGAGAAACUUAAGAGAGAGGAGAUAUUGCUUCAGCAAACAUUAAUGGAGUUCCAGCUCACUCCUUUCACAGUCCUUUUGAGGGCUGUCCUGGAUCAGUUACAAGAGAAGGACCAGGCACGCAUUUUUGCAGAGCCUGUCAGCAUUAAAGAGGUCCCUGACUAUAUGGACCAUGUAUUGCAUCCAAUGGAUUUUUCUACCAUGAGCAAACGCAUUGAAGCACAAGGCUAUACGUAUCUGGAUGAAUUUGAAGCUGACUUCAAUCUCAUUACUGAUAAUUGCAUGAAGUACAAUGGGAAGGAUACAUUCUUCUAUAGAGCAGCUGUUAAACUGAGAGACCAGGGUGGAGCUAUCCUGAGGAAAACUCGUCGAGAUGUUCAGAGAAUCGGCUUGGAUUUUGAAACUGGCUUGCACCUACUUGAAGCACCCCAUAUUGAGCUUUCUGUUCCCUUUUCUUGGGAAGAUGUCGACCGCUUAUUGGUUCCAGCAAACCGAGAACACAUGUCAUUUGAAGAGCAGCUGAGGGAGCUACUGGAAAAGUUGGAUAUGACUACAUCAAUGAAAUCGAGCCCGUCACGCAGCAGACGACUGAAACUGCUCAAGAAAAUCAUCAGUGAUGUGAGAUUGGAGCUCAGUUUGAGGAAGGCUCUUACUGCUGUUAAACUGAAGACUGCUGCAGAGGAAGAAGUUGGCCAAAUCCAUCAAAAAGGUGACAAAUCAGUCCCACCAAAACUUGAGCCAUCUAUUUCUCUGUUGCCUCCCAUUAAUGUGGAAAGUCACUCUGAGCCACCUAAACUGAAACCCAUUGAACCCAAUCCCGACAAACACUGCCACCCCAGGGACGACAUUUCCCAGUCACUCAAUGGACACUCCCAUCUGCUCAUAGAGGACGGCGACGUCAACGUAGUAGCUACAUCAACUCUGGCGGAGUCAUCAAGUCCAGUUAACCGACGGACUUCUGUGCUUUUUCGCAAAUCAAAAAGCAGCACAAGCCCUCUUAAGUCUUUGAAAGAUGAUGAAACUUUGAAGGGCAGUUCUCAGCUAGGUACAAAAACAUUCUUGUCAGUCGUCAUACCACGCCUGGAGACAUUGCUCCACACCAGGAAGAGGCCACGAAGUCCCAGUGGAGACAGUUGCAAGGAUGAAUUGCCCAUCAAACGACUGGACACGGAGCUGUCAAACAGUUUUGGCCUGAAUCCAGAAAGAGAGUUGUCUUCUAGCAGCCAGCCUCGUCAAAGGUGCACAUCUGAAUCCAGCAUGUCCUCCAGCAACAGCAGUAUUGCAAUUAAUCUUACGAAGUGUGGAAAGGGAAAGCCAGCCCUCAUCCGAAGGAACACAGUGGAGGACAAAAGUGAGAUUAUUGCUUGCAUCGAGAGUAGAAACUUUGCUAAAGCUGCUAGAAUAGCUGCUGAAGUUAACAACAGCAGUAUUUGGAUGCCUUCUAAUGCAGCCACAGUUUUGCUGGAACCUCUCAAAGUAGUUUGGGCUAAAUGUAGUGGAUACCCUUCAUACCCUGCCCUGAUCAUAGACCCUCAAAUGCCAAGGGUGGGGUGCCAGCACAACGGAGUCUCUAUCCCAAUGCCCCCAUUGAAUGUGCUGCAGAUUGGAGAACAGAUGCAGUGCAAAUCAGAAGAAAAUCUUUACCUUGUUCUCUUCUUCGACAACAAACGCAGCUGGCAGUGGCUUCAUAAAUCUAAGAUGGUUCCUCUUGGUGUUGACAAAACCAUCGACAAAAUUAAAAUGAUGGAGGGUCGUACCUCAGCAAUUCGCAAGGCUGUUCGGACUGCCUUCAACCGUGCAAUGAAUCAUCUUAAUCAUGUCCAAGAUGAACCUGUUAACGACUUCAGUGAUGUUGACUAAGAUUGACAAAUGUAGGCACAUUCCAUAGCUUUAGCAAUGCCUAGUUCAUACUGCAGGAUUUUAAGUCCGAUUUGCAAGUUAACAAGCUUGCGGAUGGAUCGGGAUUUGAAAAACGUGUGCUAUCAGAGCUCAGCGGUUUUUAGCCAGUCACACUAAAGUUUGAGAACGCAAAACACUUCUAAAACAAACUCCAUAUUUAAAAUUUAGUGAUUGAUUUUAUAUUGGUCUCAUGCAAUGCAAAUUCGAAGGUCAGAGUUCUCUAAGCUUAAAACAAGCUUGCGUUUCCAGCCUGGUGCAUUCACAUACGUAUGAAUGGGGUGAAAAGUGCAGUGUGACUUAGACUUUUAUGUGUGAACUACUGAAUGACGCAUCAGAGGCUCGCUCGUAUCGCAAAGAAAAAUCGAAUAUCUUACAUGCCAAAUAUUCUGGAUCAGUCAGCUGACUUGACACCAUGUGAUGUCAGAUGUAGUGAUGAGCUAUAGCCAAUUGGAGAGCAAGGCAUGGGUUGACGGGCCAUUGAGUUCUCGCACUCAACUGAAAUGUCAGUGAUUGGCUGCAAUGGUCAUCGUUUCACUUGUGCUCCCCAGCGAGUACAUGAACACAAUAGGAUAUGAAAGCAAUAUUAAUCAGCUUAGCCGUGCAGAUAGAUCACUGAUCGAUCUGAUGACAGAUCAGCUGAAUGAUGCAUCUUAUAUACGUGCCCUUGAAUGCUUUCAAAACUAUAAUCGGCUACUGUUGUCUGACUGUGUGUCAGUUAUGUUGAUCAUCUUCACUCAAGCAUCUGAUAGUGUUUGACGGCUCUGCCUUGAACAUUUCUUUCACUGUGGUUUGGGGUCAGACAGCGUUGUUGGGUAACAGAUUUGUAGCUCGAUUGUCUAGUUUGUGACUUAUCAUGUGGAUCAUUUAUGAAUUGUUGCAUUCUGUGAACACCACAAAAACAUGAAGACAAAAAAAAAAAAAAGAACCUGCACAGGGAUAUGCAGAUGGUUAAAGUCAUGUAGUGUGAACUGGGUAUAACUAGUCACUCCUGCUGUGUGAAGAUAUGGAGUAGCAAAAAUACAGAUGUCUUUAGUCAGUACUGCAAAUACUUGCUUAAAUCUUGCUUAAUUUUUACCAUGCCUUCACACCGUCGCCGGUGAGAAUGUUCAAAUUUACUCUGGCCGCCCUGCCGACAAUGAGAAUUGGUGUUCAUGUUUAAGUGCUAGUCUAUUUUCCUAUAUGUUGUCUAUAGAAGACAUUUACUAGCCUUAGUCUUCAAGUUAGUUUUUCUCAGUUGCUUUGGUGCAUUUCUCACAACACUAUUUACAUUUGCACAACAGUUAAUGCAUUUCUCAAAACAAUUUGUACAAACUGCAGAACCUAGUUGAUAACCUGCAAAAGUGUGUCACUUGCUCAAAAUGGAUAGCUCAUUCCUCAAAAACAAGUAUUCAUGUCAAUGAAAACGUCAGUGUCAUCAAGAUGAAAAGUCCUGACACCAUUGUUUAUGAAUAAGAUAGUCAAAUGGCUUUGUCAUGUUUUCAUUAUGACGGUUUACUCUGUACAUUUUUUUCCAAUGCAAAAAAGUCAGAUUUUGGUGACACUUCCUGAAAAUGCUCAAGACAGCACUGUAUACUAUUUGCACAGGCAUUUGAAAACUACAGUAAAGUUAGAAAUCACUGUAUUUAGUGAGGUAUCUAAAUGCAAGACACUGAAUAUGUAUGUUUCACAUUUUUACUGCAUAUGCUCUUUGCAAUUCUAAUUUAUUCACAGCAUUGUGCAAAAGAAUAAAUACACCCUUAUUUACAACAAACAAACUUCCUCUGGGUAAAGCUGUGCACAACUGUAAACAAUAUUGCAGUACAUAUUGGAACUGAACCUACAACAUGCAUACUGAUGGUCUGUAAGUCAUUCAUGAAAUUGUUCUAAUAAAAAGACAUUUUCAGGAAAAAAAAGAUAACUUUUUUUAUAAAGUUCGCUUGACAGAUUUCGACAACUUGUUCAACAUUUUUGUAUGUAAUGAAAUGAGGACUAAUAGUUUUACAUGGACUGACUAUUCAGCAUUCACAAGUUUAGUUAAUUUUGACUGACAUGACAUUAACUAAUGAUAAUGUUAUGAAACAGCAGAGAGUUGUAUGAAAGCAAUGCAUGUCCAAAUGCAUUUACAAUUUGUUGGAAGGAAUGAGAAACUGCUACUAUGAUGUGCACAAAUGAAUAAUUGUUUUGACAAAUUCAUUAACUGUUGUGCAAAUGUAAAUAGUGUUGUGAUAAAUGCAUCAAAGCGACUGAGAAAAACUGUAACAUCAAUUUGUGAGCAUCCUUCUUUACAAACUGUGAAACCCACAACAGCAAUCAUCAACCUCUUCUUCGUUGCUUCCUUUUGAGCUAAUGCUGGAUCCUAAGUUUAUUGGACUGCAUUCUCUGGAAUCCUUUCAAGCAGUGGACUAGUAUAUUCCCAUGGGUUGCUGCUGAACUGCAUCAGAGCUCAUUUCCAUAAAGUACUCCCAUCACCCACACAGUCCAAUUCCAGAAGGUGGUGUGAAUGCAUGGUUAGAUUUACUGUAAUGGGUACUACUGUACAUUUUGUUUUUAUAGUAUUUAUACAAUUUGUUUUGACCAGCAUAAUUACUUUCUGAUACUGGAACAAAAUUAAUAAACUGUGUGAAACUUAAGCUUUAAUGUUUGGACUGGAACAAUGUGAGUGUUUUUUUUUUUUUUUUUCUAAUUUACUUAUUUUUUCAAAUUGUUGAAAUUUAUUCACAGUUGUUUUUUUGUUGUUGUUUUUUUUACAUUAUUGUUAUUGUUUUUACAAUGGUUUUAACCUAUUUUGAUGUAUUUAUAAAGGUUUGUAUAUAACUGUGUCUGUCUUUUGCAUUAUAAAAUCUUUAAAACCACAAGUGCGUUAUUCUAAUAUUGUAAUGAAACCAAAACAAAAAUGCUGCCAAGCCUUCUUUUGUUUUUGCCAAGUGAAUUUCUAUUUCUUUCUUUAAAAUGUUUGUUUUUGGGUGAAGGAACUCCGUAAUAGUAAGAAGUUGUACUGGUGUUAAUUUAUUGUGGGGUGGGGGAGUAAAACAAUUUUUUUCACGGGACAUCAAGAGUUAUUCUUGAUUUUUUUUAAUGAUUUUUUUAUUACUGUAGCCCUUGUGAGUAUAACUGUGACAUUUAAUUUAAUUUUUUUUAUUAUUGUAGUGAGUUUUUUUUUUUCCAUACAAUGUGUCAAGUGUCUUACUUGGUAACCACCUGUUAACCGUUCUUUCUUAUUUUGUUAUUUAUUUUUUUCAAAUAAAUUCAUAAACAAGUAA